CCUGCUUGGGAAGUGGGAGGACCCGAAAAGGCGUCGCAAAAGGGAGAAUUGUUUGAGAGCUCAGUCAUCCAAAAACGGCCUUUCAAUGUGAGAACUUGGGGAGCCGAAGAAAAAUGUCGGUGGCAUCGCAGUAAAUUACCAAAGCAGCGAGGCUUUAGAGGGAAAAGAGAAGUAAAAACUUUUGUUUUUUGGGACUUAAACUCACCGCAGAGGAGACGAAGAGAAGAUCGGUCGGUUUUAAACGAGGUGUGAGCACCAAAUCCUGAAGUUUGGGGGGUAGUGUAUGGAAGAUGUCUGGAAAGCGAGACUGGACUCCGUGGAUGAAAAAGAGAAGGGCUCCAGUGUUGUGCGCUCUGGGUGCAGUGCUGCUGUGCUGCCUGCAGGGCGGCGCCUGUCUAUCUGAUGAGGUGCCAUUCUUCACUGAGGAGCCCAUGUCCGUGGUGCAGAAGCUGGGCGGCAGCGUGAAUCUCCGCUGCAGCGCCCGGCCGACCUCCGCCAACAUCAGCUGGCGCCUGAACGGCAUGGAGCUGCUGGACGGGUAUCUGGGUGUGGUUCUGGGCCCCAACAGCCUGUACAUCCCCACCCUGUCCAACCUGACUGUGGGCCGAUAUCAGUGUGUGGCCAGCACCAACGCAGGGUCCCUGGCUAGCGUUUCUGCUAACGUCACCGCUGCCAAGCUGCGGGACUUCGAGCCCGACGACCAGCACGACAUCGAGGUGGACGAAGGCAACACGGCGGUCAUCGAGUGUCACCUCCCCGAGAGCCAGCCCAAAGCGCAGGUCCGAUACAGCGUCAAACAGGAGUGGCUGGAGACUUCCAAAGGGAACUACCUCAUCAUGCCGUCAGGGAACCUGCAGAUCGCCAACGCCACUCGGGACGAUGAGGGGUCGUACAAGUGUGCCGCCUACAACCCCGUCACUCAGGAAAUCAAAACAUCGUCCUCCACCGACCGCCUGCGUAUACGCCGCUCCACCUCCGAAGCGGCUCGCAUCAUUUACCCCCCGGCCUCUCGCUCCAUCAUGGUGACUAAAGGCCAGCGGCUGGUGUUGGAGUGUGUGGCCAGCGGCAUCCCCACCCCCCAUGUCAUAUGGGCCAAAGACGGGCAGGAGCUGCGUUCCCAUAACAACACGCGCUUCCUGCUCAGCAACCUGCUGAUCGACACGGUGGGCGAGGCCGACUCGGGCACCUACAUCUGCAGAGCGGACAACGGCAUGGGCUCCGACAGCUCUGCCACGGUGCUCUACGACGUGCAAGUGUUCGAGCCCCCCCAGGUGACGGUGGAGCUGCUCCAGCAGGAGGUGGUGUUCGGGGAGACGGUGCGUUUCUCCUGCAAGGCUCGCGGUAAACCCACCCCCUCGGUGAUGUGGCUUCACAACGCCCGGCCCCUCGCCCCGUCUCCCCGCCACCGCCAAACCGCCAAGAUGCUGCGCGUCUUCAACGUGGGCCCCCAGGACGACGGGCUGUACCAAUGCAUGGCCGAGAACCAGGUGGGCAGCUCCCAAGCCUCCACGCGCCUCAUCACUGUAUCAACUGGAAUUACAUCCAGGGGGAAGCUGCCCACUAUCUACAAGCCUGUCAGCCCCGAUAAGGUGCUUAAAGAGCAGGCUCCUGUGAGGCCUGGGCCUUCGGGGGCCAUGUUGCCUCUCGACUGCUCUGAGCUGCCGGGACAGAUCCUCCCAGCCGACGCUCCCAUCAUCCUCAGCCAGCCCCGCACAGGCAAGGCUGAUUACUACGAGCUCACCUGGAGGCCGAGGCACGAGAGAGGAGUCCCUGUGCUGGAGUACAUGGUCAAAUACAGAAAGGUGGGAGUCCCUCUGAUGGAGUGGACCUCCAGCUGUAUAUCAGGCGCUCUCCAUAAGCUGACUCUGGCCAAGCUGCAGCCGGACAGCCUGUACGAGGUGGAGAUGGCCGCCAAAAACUGUGCUGGUCUGGGACAACCUGCCAUGAUGACCUUCAGAACUGGCAAAGGUCGCAGAGGUCAAAUGGACCCUCCAAAAACUCCUGCUGUUCCUUCACCAAGCCUCUCUCCUCCUGAAGCCCCGGACAAGCCCACAGUCUCCACUGCAACGGAAACGUCGGCGUACGUGACUUGGAUUCCUCGUGGUAACCGCGGCUUUCCCAUCCAGUCGUUUCGGGUGGAGUACAAGAAGGUGAAGAAGGCUGGAGAAGACUGGGUGACUGCGGUGGAAAACAUCCCCCCAUCUCGCCUCUCUGUGGAGAUCACGGAGCUGGAGAAAGGUACCUCCUAUAAGUUCAGAGUUGUGGCGGUGAAUGUAAUCGGUUCCAGUCCUCCCAGUGCGCCCUCCAAGGCCUACACGGUGGUGGGGGGGAGGACCCAUGAACGCCCUGUUGAUGGACCCUACAUCACAUACAAUGAAGCCAUCAAUGAGACCACCAUCAUUCUCAAGUGGACGUACACUCCCGUAAACAACACGCCCAUCUACGGUUUCUACAUCUACUACCGGCCGACGGACAGCGACAACGACAGCGACUACAAGAAGGACGUGGUGGAGGGGGACAGAUACUGGCACUCCAUCGCCGACCUGCAGCCGGAGACCGCCUACGACAUCAAGAUGCAGAGCUUCAACGAGAAGGGCGAGAGCGAGUUCGGCAACGUGGUGAUCCUGGAGACCAAAGCUCGUCCUCAUCACCACCGCCCGCCCCCCUCAGAGUCCCCCGACCACCCGAUGGGUCCCCCCAGCGGCCUGGUGCCUCGGCCCGGAGACCUCCCCUACCUCAUAGUUGGUAUAGUCCUGGGAGCCUUCGUCUUCAUCAUCGUCGCCUUCAUCCCCUUCUGCCUCUGGAGGGCGUGGGCCAAACAGAAGCAAAUGUCGGACCUGUGUUUCCCCGCGGUGGCGGCCCCCGGGUCGUCCUGUCAGUACACCAUGGUUCCCCUGCAGGGCCUCGCUCUGGUUGGCCACUGCCCUCUGGACAGUCGCAUGACCGCACCACAUGGGGUCUACCCGGCUAACGGGGAAUGCAUCGGGAACGGCAAACUUCACCACAACACACACUGCCUGCCAGGCCUGCAGCAGGACUGUGACAUGGAGUGUGACACGCUGUUACCACAGAUGGGGUCUAACGGACAUCUGCCUGUUUACCUCUACUCCAACAGAGGUCCAGACCAUCAUGAACAUAGUUGCUGUCCUGCAGAUGACUCCACUCUGCAGCUCCUCGACUCUUCCCAUCAGCCCCUGGGUUCUCAGGAGCUGGGAGGAGAUGGAGACUUUUAUGUUGAAGAUGAAGCCGAGGAUGACGUCAAUUACAAGCCAGCCUCCUUUCCUCUUCUCUCUCUGGAAGACGAAGGGAUUUUCACCACGCCGUCUUCAGCGGCCACGACACCGCAAUCCCAGGACAACACCACGAUACAGGAAGUGAACAUCCUCCCAAAUGAAGCCUCCCCCGAGGGCGAAGGGACAGCCAACACAACAGAUGCAUAAAGAGACUGUUCAGCAGAAGAAAACAAGAGAAAAUAUUUAUUUUUGUAUCACAGAUAUUUAUAUAUUUAUGCUUUUGUACAUAGUCUCUGGUUAUACUGUAUAUAAGGUUAUUUUCACAUUGAAAAAAAGGCUCUUGCUGAUCUGUUUCUGCGUUUCCUGGGGAGGGAAAUAUGUUUUUAUUCCUUGUGUGAAGAUCAGCCUUAAGUCUGCAGAGGAUUCCUCGCAGCUCAGCACUUCAUGUCUCCUUUCCUCGCACCAUUCCUCCCUUUCCUCCAUCCUUAGAUAACUCGCUUUAAAGGGACCAUUGGAACCAGUCUCACGCUGUAAUUAUAAGGCGCUUCAUCGCUUCUGUUUCUAUAGCAAUAACCCAUGUAUUAUGCAUUGUUCAUCAUUAACAACCUAUUAACAAGUGUAUGCAACAUAAGUCUGUUUCAGUAGUGUACAAGAGAUUAUAUAUUGUAUAGUUAUUUAUUUUUUUAAAUCACUGAAUGGGAGAGAUUCUGGAAAAAUAUCUUUAACUCUUAAAGUCAUCGAUAAGCUGAACUUGAUACUGCAACCACGUCUGUGUUUACUCAUUAGCUGGUUACCAAAUGACGGCCAGGUGAGGGCUGUGACAGGUGUGUCAGUAUUAUUCCUCCUCACAGGUCCAAGUAUUAGUCUUUGCCAGAGACAUCUGCAAUCGAAAUGAAGGAGAUCCUGAAUCUACGUCCCUUUAUCAGUGUGGCCGCUCUGUGGUUGCACAUGCUGGAGCACUAUUGCAUGUAAAUAAAAGCUUAUAAAAUUGA